CCGGUGAAGUCCACAGCCUCUUCUCUUCUGUUCUGCUCUGCGUGCGUGGCGAAGGCGGGACGUGUGACGUAGGCCGGCUGGAGCUCGAGGUGUUUAUUGUUCCUUCCCGUCGAGGAGAGAAAAGCGCUGGCUUAGCGGAGGCAUAUAUCACAAACACUUUCCCUGCGGUUUUAGCUUCAAGGAGCCCAUUUAGUAAGGCCAAAACAGGUUAAUACAGGACCGGCUGGCCAUGGCGUACGCGUAUCUCUUCAAAUACAUCAUAAUCGGAGACACGGGUGUGGGGAAGUCGUGCCUAUUAUUACAGUUUACAGAUAAGCGCUUUCAGCCAGUGCAUGAUCUCACGAUCGGUGUUGAAUUUGGUGCGCGAAUGAUCACUAUAGAUGGCAAACAGAUAAAACUUCAGAUCUGGGAUACGGCCGGACAAGAGUCCUUCCGCUCAAUCACCCGGUCCUACUACAGAGGUGCAGCUGGGGCUCUGCUAGUUUAUGAUAUCACAAGGUGAGAC